GCAGUGCUGGUCUCGUCUGCCAAUAGCAUCACUCUUCGCAACAAACAUAAAUCUUUUCAGAAAACGAUAGGAUUUUUGAUAUUUUUUCUAAAGAACACACGAUGCUGUUGAAUCCGAGUUUGCCUCUUGCAUACAACUCUACCUUUGAAGGUCCACAUGCUGAAGCAAGGGCUGGCUUUAGCUCCGAGGCGAUGGCCGGAGUGAAUUUGCCUCCCGAACUCAUCGGUCUCGUUGACCAGCACUGGCUUAACUUUCCACCAGCUUCUUCUUCCGACCACACCAUCCUCGGGAUCGUUUACCUUUUCAUUUUCAUCGCAGGCGUUUUUGGCAAUGGCUGUGUUCUUUGGAUCUUUCUCACGACCAAGUCGCUGCGCACCUCUUCGAACGUUUUUGUUGCAAACCUGGCGGUGCUCGACCUGGUCAUGAUGGCUCAGCUUCCGAUAUUCGUUGCCAACUCGCUGUACCAGGGCCAGGUCAUGGGAAAAGUGGGAUGCCAGCUCUUCGGCACCCUUGGAGGGAUCGCAGGCAUGGGGGCUGCAGUCAAUAACGUCGCUAUCGCGUACGAUCGAUACAGGACGAUUGCGUUCCCACUCGACGGCCGCAUGUCGAUGAAGAGUGCCCUGCUGUUCGUCCUUUUCAUCUGGAUCUGGGCCAUGCCCUUCAACCUGAUGCCUGCCUUUGAAGUGUGGAACCGCUUCGUGCCCGAAGGCUUCCUGACCACCUGCUCUUUCGACUACCUGACCAACACCCAAGACGUCCGCGUGUUCGUGAUGUGCAUUUUCAUCUACGCCUACCUGCUGCCCGUCUCUCUGUUGGUACUCUUCUACUCCAAGAUCCUGGUGCACGUCAAGGAACACACCAAGGCCAUGGCGGACCAGGCUAGGAAAAUGGGGGUCAAGUCUCUAGCUCAGGGCCAGGACGAAAAAUCUGCUGAAAUCAGGAUCGCCAAGGUGGCCUGCGGAAUUUUCUUCCUCUUCCUGUGCGCGUGGACUCCGUACGCCACAGUUGCCCUGAUGGGCGCCUUCCACUCCAACAGAGCCAUUCUCACCCCAUUUGCCUCGAUGGUGCCCGCCGUCUUCGCAAAGUCGAUUGCCUGCGUCGACCCCUGGGUCUAUGCCAUCAGUCACCCCAAGUUCAGGGAACAGAUGCACAAGCGGCUGCCCUGGCUGAUUUCCGAGGAGAGGAGCAGCAGCAAGGCAUCUGACACAACCUCCCAGGCAUCCAACAUCACAAGCUCUGUGGACGACCAUAAGGCGUAAGCGCCUCUUUUGAAACGACGAUUUAUUUAUGACGACUGCAAUGGCGAAACGAUACUGAUAAAUCUACCUGUGACCUGACACUAUAGAUGAUCUCCAAAUUUUCGCAUUUUAAUCAACUUUGAUGUAAUUAUACGCCUUUGCAAUAAUAUUGAAAUAAAUUCAGUAGGAAAGCAUCCUAUCGCAUUAUA